AUGUCACAAAUCACUGCUUUUCUUGGCCCAUCAUCAACCAUGUCCGAAGAAAUGAUAAACGAGGCGGUUGAAGUAGCGGCGGAAGCGAUAGACCGGUUUGAGGGUGAAUACAAGGAUAUUGCAGCAUACGUGAAAAAGACCUUUGAUAAAAAAUACGAACAGUCUUGGCAGUGCAUUUGCGGGAAGGAUUUUGGAAGGCUGACAAAAAUACGGCAGAUAAUGCCACAACCAAUGCAAACCAAGGAAAAGUCAGUAAUAAUGUCACAAAUCACUGCUUUUCUUGGCCCAUCAUCAACCAUGUCCGAAGAAAUGAUAAACGAGGCGGUUGAAGUAGCGGCGGAAGCGAUAGACCGGUUUGAGGGUGAAUACAAGGAUAUUGCAGCAUACGUGAAAAAGACCUUUGAUAAAAAAUACGAACAGUCUUGGCAGUGCAUUUGCGGGAAGGAUUUUGGAAGCUUCAUCACACAUGAGGAAAAUUGUUUCGCAGACUUUCGCAUUGGAGAUAUUGCAUUUCUUUUGUUCAAAACAACCAUGUAG